AUGAGACUUGAGGGUGCUGCGUGGUGGGGAUUUGUUGUUGCCUUGUCGGAUUCUAUGGCCGUUUUUACUGCUGUUGUUCUGAUAUGUUUAAACGUUCAUAUGGCUCUCUUUUGUGCACUUGGCGUUAGUUAUACAGUACAUUCUGCAGAGAACUUGCAGCCAAUUGGCAAUGAUGGGGAUGGUGCUGCAACAGAGGAUGAUGACUCCAUCGCAGAUGGGGUUCCAGCAACUCAUCCAACAACAGAGGCUAGUGCUUAUUGGGUUCAGGCUAAACCAACUCUGGAUGAAUCCUUCACUCCUGAUGCUGUUGAUUAUCAGCUUGAACAAUUGAGUUUCCGAUUCCAGCCUUACCAAUUGGACUGGAUAAUUUUCGCAAAUGUUGCUAGAAGCAAAUCCUACAUGCCUAAUUCAAGAAAAUGA